AUGAAUAUGACAACACCUUUUCUCAACACCAACACCGAACUUGAUAUGAUUAAAACUAGAAAGACUGUUUUGGUUUAUUUUACAGCCACUUGGUGCCGACCUUGCACUUUAAUAUGUUCUUUAUUUGAAAAACUGAGUUCUCAGAAUAAACAAAAAGAAUUUGUGAAAGUAGAUGCAGACGAAGGAUAUGAAAUUUGCAAAAGAUAUGGAGUAAGAGCAGUACCAACAUUUAUAUUAUUUCGUGAGAAAAAAGAAGUUUGCCGAUUGUUUGGGAACGAUCAAAAGGUAUUAACAGAAAUGGCAAGUAGUAUGUGA